AUGGAUUCCUCAUUUAUUCUUUUUAAUAUUCCUGAUUAUGUUAGUGAAAUAAUUUGUCAUUUAUUAGAUGAUCAUAAAGCACUUUUCUCUUGUGCUUUAGUCAAUCGGUCAUGGUGUAGAUCUGCUAUUCCUCUGCUCUGGAGUGAUGUCUUUAACAAUCAUUUAUCUCAUAAUAAGGAAGUAAAAAUUAUUCAUACUUAUGUAAAAGGUCUUCCAGAAAUUCAAAAGAUAAAUUUGAUAAACAACAAUUUAAUUCUUCAAGAUUUCAAAACAACUUUGUUUGAUUAUCCAAAAUAUUUACGGGUUUUGAAUUGUCUUUAUUUCGACAAUGCAUUAUAUUCUUGGUACAAUGCUGUCAUUAAACCCGGCGUUGAUAUUACUGAAUCUCAAACCACAUUUCUUCAUUGUAAUCUAAUAAUCAGUCAACAUAUCUUAAAUAAUUCUGCCGGUUUAUGUGCCUUAUAUCUAAGUUAUCAUUAUACACCUAAUAGAAGUUGUUUUAUGCAUCUUCCUUUAGAUCCAUUCGUGAAAGAUAUUUGGCAUACUUUUUCAAAAUUAUCUGAGUUACAUAUAAAUUUCCCUGUAAAUACAUUAAAUAUUUCACUACUUUAUGAGAAAUUAUCUUUACAUUCUCAUAAUCUUCAAAAAUUUUUUAUCACUUCACCGGGUACUUAUACUCCUUAUCAAUCUGAAACAUGUAGACACUUAUUCCAGCUGAUCAAUUCUCAACAUAACCUUCAACAUCUUACCAUUUUUUUUUCUUGGCCUAAUUCUCAAUCUCCUUUAUUUUUCUCGGCACUUUCAAGUCAAUCCUAUUCUUUAAGAUAUCUCGAAAUGAGCGAUUUCUAUGACAUCCCUCUCUUAAUUGCUUCUUGCUUAUCAUCUUUUAACCUGGAUACUUUGAAAUUCUUUUAUUGUUACAAACUAAACUUACGAAUAGAUCCAAGUCCUAUACCAGUUUUAUCUUCGGAUUGUCAAUUUCGAAUUAAAAACUUAAUUAUCUCUGGGGCUCAUUAUUCUGUACUUAAUCCUUAUUUUUCUUUAAUCAUUAAAACGGCUGGUUCGAAUUUGCAAAGGAUCUCUUUUAAUGGCUGUGAUAUAGACUUAAUAAAUACAAUUGCUGAUUAUAGUUCGAACCUUACUUGCCUGUCAACAAUUAUCAAUUUCUCAAUAUUUAAUUGCUUUUUACAAGCACUCUCAAGAUUAAAGAAGCUUAAAUACUUGGAAAUAAAAAAAUCAAGGAAUGAUAGAAAAUUUACCAAAGUAAUGAUUCCAAGAAUUGCUAAAGCAAUUCCUGCCACUCUAGAAGAAUUGGAUUUCAACUUAAGAACUGCUCGUAAUAUUUUUGAAGAACGGGAUCUCAAAGCAACUGAUCAAGAACAUUUAAACGUAUUUCUCAAAGAGUGUAACGUUCCUUUAUCCAAAUUAACUAUCCAUAUGUAUGAACUAAAUAAUGAAUCUUUGAAUAUUAUAAUAGAUUAUGCAGUUAGGAUUGGUAGUUUGAAAGAGUUACGUUAUGAUGCUGAUGGACGUUUUACAAAUAAUGCUCUCUUAAAGGCAGAAAAGAUUAUACCUAUAAUUACAAAUAUUACUAAAGACCUAUAUUGA